GAGAGGGCACUGGCCCCAUCUGGCUCAAUGAGGUGCGGUGCCAGGGCUCAGAGCAACAUCUGCGCCACUGCCGCCACCGCGGCUGGCGCCAGCAUGUCUGCAGCCACGAGGAGGACGCCAGCGCUGUGUGCUCAGGUGGGGCCAGCUGGAGCAUGUGACGGGUCAGCUGGAAAAACCACAGAGCUGUGCCAGGCGGUACCCAACCCUGGGACAGUUGGAGCCAGCGCUCCUAGUAAGGACAGGUCCCAUGACCCAUUCCCCACCCCCUGAGCCAGCUGGUCCCCGCCUGGGGCCAGAAUGGAGCGGACUCCCCCAGAGGUCACCGUGUGCCAUUCCCCGCCCCAUGAGCCAGCCAGUCCCCACCUAGGGCUGGAGUGGAGCAGACGUCCCUAGAGGGUACAAGCCCCAUGUCCCAUUCCCCACCCCGUGAGCCAGCUGGUCCCCGCAUGGGGCCAGAGUGGAGCGGAUGCCCCUAGAAGGUCCUGUGUCCCAUUACAGCAUGGUGUGGCUGGGGCUCUGGGUAUGUGCAGGUGAUAUGGCCUGUUCCAUUUCAGUGCCCAUUGUGGCUGGCACCGAUCCUUCCAGGGCCCAAAGGCCACACUCUCCAUGUGGCCAUGUCUCUGUGUCCCUGUAUGACCCUGCUGUGCCCACAGCUCACCGCUUCCUGCCCGUCAUCACCACUGAGCCCUCUGUGCAGCCGGCCCUUGGGGACCGCAGCCCCCCAGCACAAAGCACUGCCAAGCCAGCUUCCACCACGCCAGAGCACAGUGGUGCCCCCCUGCGGCUUGUGGGGGGCCCCCACAGCUGCGCGGGGCGUCUGGAGGUGCUUCACGGGAGCCAGUGGGGCUCGGUGUGUGAUGACGGCUGGGGGCUGCUGGAAGGUGCCGUGGUGUGCCGGGAGCUGGGCUGUGGCGCAGUGCAGGCUGCCCCUGGGGGGGCGCAUUUUGGGACUGGCACUGGCCCCAUCUGGCUGGAUGAUGUGGGCUGCAGUGGGACGGAGAUGUCCCUGCGGCAAUGCCGGGCACGGCCCUGGGGGCACACCAACUGCCAGCAUGAUGAGGAUGCCAGCGUCAUCUGCACAGGGGGUGCCGUGCUGCGGCUGGUGGGUGGCACUGGUUCCUGCUCCGGGCGGCUGGAGGUUUUCCACCAGGGCCGCUGGGGCACAGUGUGUGAUGACAUGUGGGCGCUGCCAGGCGCGGCUGUGGUGUGCCGGGAGCUCGGCUGCGGAGACCCACUCUCUGCCCCCAGAGGGGCCUUUUUUGGUGAGGGCAGCGGUCCCAUCUGGCUGGACAACGUGCGGUGCCAGGGCAAUGAGUCGGCGCUGAGCCAGUGUCUGGCUGCACCAUGGGGCGUGCACGACUGCCAGCACGCGGAGGACGCUGGUGUGGUGUGUACAGGUCCCUCCCCGGAGGUGAGGCUCGUAGGCGGCCCCCACCACUGCGCCGGGCGGGUGGAGGUGCAUCUGGACGGGCGCUGGGGCACCGUGUGUGACGACGGCUGGGACCUGAGCGACGUGGCUGUGAUGUGCAGGCAGCUGGGCUGCGGGCAGGCCAUGGAAGCGCUGAGUGGUAAAGUGUUCGGCCCGGGCCCCGAGUCACUCCCUGUCCUGAUGCUGAAUGUGGAGUGCCAGGGGACAGAGGCGGCACUGGGGAGCUGCCCAUAUACGGAUCCAGGGGACAUCUGCCAGCAUGAUGAGGAUGCGGGGGCCCGUUGCCAAGCUGCAGAGCUCCCAGAGCCACCUGUCCGGUUGGUGGGCAACGGCACACGCUGCAGUGGGCAGGUGGAGAUUUACCAUGACGGCCGCUGGGGUGCCGUGUGUGGGUUGGGCUGGGACCUGACUGACGCCAAGGUGCUCUGCCGGGAGCUGGGCUGCGGGAGCCCACGGUACAUCACCCACCAUUGCAGCAAGUUCGGUCGGAGCUCAGCACCUGUCCUGCUGGGCCAGCUAGAGUGCACCGGGAAGGAGGCCUCGCUGACCCACUGCCGAGUCCAAGCCUGGGAGGGGCGGCACUGCCCCCACCACCGGGAAACCGGAGUCAUGUGCCAAGAGCCCUUCGCACUGCGGCUGGUGGACGGCCCAAGCAAGUGCUCCGGGCGGCUGGAGGUGCGGUAUGAUGGGGUGUGGGGCACCGUGUGCGAUGACAACUGGUCGGUGACCAACACCCAAGUGGUAUGCCGGGAGCUGGGCUGUGGCCCAGCCGAGCCACUGGCCCCAAAGCUGCAGGACUGGCCCCGCUUUGGCCAGGGUACGGGGAAAAUCUGGCUGGACGACAUCCGCUGCAAAGGCACCGAGGAGACCUUGCAGAACUGUGCCCAUCGCUUCUGGAGCUACCACGACUGCACCCACUGGGAGGACGUCAGCGUGGUCUGCCAGGACAACUGAGCCGGCCACAGCUCCUCCACAGCCUUCCAUUGAUAACCCCCCACGCCCCCAAGUUUUCAAUGCAUCCCCCCUGCUGCCAGGCCCUUCUUCUCUGCUGCCAGGCUCCCUGGCCCUGCCCGCCCAGCCCGGGGAUGGCUGUCGGCUGUGCUGGGGCAUGGCUUGGUUAGUGCCUGGGGGGAAUUCCCAUUUCAGUGAUGAACCACAGGCGCCCAGGGCAUUCCCCUCCCACACUCUGUGGGCUGCCGCACAAAGCUGGCACAGACUGGGUCUCGUGUCUCACUAACAAUGGGGCAGCUUGCCCUGGCACGUCCCUCUCGGAGCUCGAGUCUCCAGGGCCGUCGCUCCAACUCCGGCCAAAGGAGCCGUCCCUGAUCAACCCCGCCAUCACCGGGGUGGGGCGGCACACCCUCUCGGGGGCCGGGAUACACGACUGUCUCCCCCGGAGGGGUCCGUACUGCAUCGACAGGCAGGAGCCGGGAGGGGGAGAGCCCCAGGUGCCACACGCCAUCCCAGGCUGAGCAGAUGCGAAUAAAGAGCUGAAUCCGCUGGA